UUCCUUCACCGCCCCCCCCCACCCCGCCUCCCUUGUCGAGUACGGAAGCUGAGAAGGUCCGCGGGCAGUCAUGGCGGCGCACCUAAAGAAGCGAGUGUACGAGGAAUUCACUAAGGUGGUUCAGCAACAGCAGGAGGAAAUUGCAACCAAGAAACUCCGAUUGACAAAACCAAGUAAAUCUGCAGCGCUCCACAUAGAUCUGUGUAAAGCUACCUCCCCAGCAGAUGCUUUGCAGUACCUGCUCCAGUUUGCCAGGAAGCCUGUUGAAGCAGAAAGUGUGGAGGGAGUAGUCCGGAUUCUCUUGGAACAUUAUUACAAGGAGAAUGAUCCAUCUGUGAGAUUGAAAAUUGCAUCAUUGUUGGGUUUAUUAUCAAAGACUGCAGGAUUUUCACCAGACUGCAUUAUGGAUGAUGCCAUUAACAUCCUGCAGAAUGAAAGUAAGUUGCCAUUUAAAACCUAUAUAAUCAGAGCAGAAAUCUUUAAGGUCCGCAUUGCUGCUGUGGAGGCUCUCUGCAUGCUGGCCCAAUCUUCACCCUCUUUUGCUGAGAAGUGCCUUGAUUUCCUGGUCGACAUGUUUAAUGAUGAAAUUGAGGAAGUACGUCUGCAGUCCAUACACACCAUGAGAAAAAUUUCUAACAAUAUCACUCUCCGAGAGGAUCAGCUUGAUACCGUCCUGGCUGUGUUAGAGGAUUCGUCCAGGGAUAUUCGAGAGGCUCUUCACGAACUUUUAUGCUGUACUAAUGUUUCAACCAAAGAAGGGAUUCAUCUUGCACUGGUGGAGCUGCUGAAAAAUCUAACCAAGUACCCCACUGAUAGGGACUCCAUAUGGAAAUGCUUGAAGUUUCUGGGAAGUCGACAUCCAACCCUGGUGCUUCCCUUGGUGCCAGAGCUCCUGAGCACCCAUCCGUUUUUUGACACAGCUGAACCAGACAUGGAUGAUCCAGCUUACAUUGCAGUUUUGGUUCUUAUUUUUAAUGCUGCUAAAACCUGUCCAACAAUGCCAGCAUUGUUCUCAGAUCAUACCUUCAGGCACUAUGCCUACCUCCGAGACAGUCUUUCUCAUCUUGUUCCUGCCUUAAGGUUACCAGGUAGAAAGCUAGUGUCAUCGGCUGUUUCUGCCAAUAUCACACCUCAUGAGGACCCUUCCCAUCAGUUCCUGCAGCAAAGCCUUGAGAGGGUGUACAGUCUUCAGCACCUGGACCCUCAGGGAACCCAGGAGCUGCUGGAGCUCACCAUCAGGGAUCUGCAAAGACUUGGAGAACUUCAGUCUGAAUUAGCAGGAGUUGCUGACUUCUCUGCUACCUAUCUUCGGUGUCAACUUCUUCUCAUCAAGGCCUUGCAAGAAAAGCUUUGGAAUGUGGCUGCCCCAUUGUAUUUGAAGCAGAGUGAUUUGGCCUCAGCAGCAGCAAAACAGAUCAUGGAAGAGACCUACAAAAUGGAGUUCAUGUACAGUGGUGUGGAGAACAAACAGGUGGUGAUUAUCCAUCACAUGAGGCUGCAGGCCAAAGCCUUGCAACUUAUAGUAACAGCACGGACUACUCGAGGAGUUGACCCCUUAUUUGGGAUGUGUGAAAAGUUUUUACAGGAAGUGGACUUUUUUCAGAGGUGUUUUAUUGCUGAUUUGCCCCACCUACAGGACAGCUUUGUGGACAAACUUCUUGACCUGAUGCCCCGACUCAUGACAUCCAAACCUGUAGAAGUUGUCAAAAUUGUACAGACCAUGCUGCGGCAGAGUACCUUUCUACACCUCCCCCUUCCAGAGCAGAUCCACAAAGCUUCAGCCACAAUCAUUGAGCCAGCAGGCGAGUCAGACAACCCUUUGCGGUUUACAUCCGGGUUGGUUGUGGCCCUGGAUGUUGAUGCAACCCUGGAACAUGUGCAGGAUCCCCAAAGCACCGUGAAGGUCCAGGUCUUAUAUCCAGAUGGCCAGGCUCAGAUGAUUCAUCCUAAGCCAGCAGACUUCCGGAAUCCUGGCCCAGGGCGCCACCGGCUUAUCACUCAGGUGUACCUCUCCCACACUGCCUGGACAGAACCAUGCCAGGUGGAAGUCAGGCUGCUGCUGGCCUACAACUCUAAUUCCCGCAUUCCAAAGUCCCCCUGGAUUGAGGGUGGUGAGGUGUCAUCCCAGGUGGAGACCAGCAUCGAGGGCACCAUCCCCUUCAGCAAGUCUGUGAAAGUUUACAUAAUGCCCAAACCUGCAAGGCGCUGAGGCACAAGCAGGUUUUAGAGCCGAGGCUGGAAGGCCCUUCUUAGCUAUCAGAGUGAGGCAAAAGCCUAGAGCACUUCACCUGGAAAUGGCGUAAGGGCAUAAGGAGGACAUGACCCUUUUAGUCUUGUCUAGUAUCAAAUACAGGAUAAAUUAUUUUGCAUUAAAAAUCCAAAAACCUUCAAAUCUAUACCUCCUCCUUCCCUAUCCCCUCAUACCUCCAAUAAAGUUGGGAAAACA